AUGUGCCGCAUGUGCAUUCCUCGAUACCUCACAGCUGCAACUCUCACAGCGAAUUGUCCUGCUACCCGCACUCGCUUGUGA